UAGCAGCAUCCAGCUGACAGGUACAGGAAGAUUCAGUCCCAGACAAACGGACACUUCGAGACGCCCCCCACGGAAGGGAAGAUGGUUCCAGCCUUCUCCAAGAAGAAGCUGUCAUUCUAAUUAUAAGGAAGGAGUGUGGUGUUUGGUGGAGUCUUCUCAUUCUUCUACUAACUUGUAUGCCAGUCACAUCUUUGUAUUUAUUAACACUCAGGGACACCCUACACAACUUGUCACUAAACCAGACCCAAACACUAAGAAGUAUCCCACCCCUACCCUACCUGUACCUGAUAGCUUCCUGUUGUACCAACGACUUGUUCCCUCAAAGUCUAACCACCAUUCCAAGCCUUGCACCACAUCCCCGUUCCCUCUGCACAACAGCUGGCUUCUUCUGAGGACAGGUGUGAGGUAUUGUGGUCAUGAGAUGUCUUCAUCACGAUCUGCUAGGACGGCAGGGGCCAAGGUGAUAGCCAGACAUGCCAGCAAGGACAGAGUCAUCAACUCUUAUCCACUGGUUCUGGGAAACAUGAGAUGUGUGCCCUACAGACAAGAGGCUACCCCGUACCUGUCCUUCAAUUUUAACCCCAAGGUCAAGGCUGCCUGUUCUGCGCAGAAGGCCGUCACCUCCUCGUUGAGGAUCUGUAAAGCUAUCGUGAUCGGUGAUGUGGCUGUGGGGAAAACCUGCCUCGUUAACAGAUUCUGUAAGGACACCUUUGAUCGUGACUACAAGGCCACCAUUGGGGUGGAUUUUGAAGUGGAGAGGUUUGACAUCCUCAAUACACCUUUCAACCUGCAAAUAUGGGACACUGCAGGCCAGGAGAGGUUCCAGUGUAUAGCUGCAGCCUACUACAGAGGGGCACAUGUCAUAAUUGUCGCCUUUGACCUGUUGGACAUCAAGACACUAGAAAACACAAAGAAUUGGUUGGAGGCAGCCAUGCUGGAAAAUUCACAGAAUGAACCUCUCAUCUUCUUGGUUGGAACAAAGAAGGACCUCUGUAGCAAAGCCGCCUAUGAGAAAGUAGAGGAAGAUGCAGUGAGAAGAGCCAAGGAGCUGGGAGCUGAGUACUGGGGUGUCUCCUCUAAAACAGGUGAAGGUGUAAAAGACUUCUUCUUCCGUGUGGCCGGCCUUGCCUUCAAUGAAGCUGUCUUGAAGGAAGUAGACGUGUCCAGCCCCUCCAAACAGAUAGCCACCAGCGAUCUCAUCAAGGUGGAGAGGAAUACAGAAGUAACAGAGCACAAGAAGUCCAGAUGUGCCGGGAAAUGUUCCACCUGACACAGAGCAGCACAAACUUGUACAGAUUUAGUCUUAUUUUACAAGGAAAAAAGAAGAUACAUUCCCUGACUUCAUAAUUGUGUCCCCUUACCUUGCCACACUGUCCAACCUGUACAUACAAGUACGAUCAUAUUGUCAUUCCUCCCUUAACGUAGAAGUUAACAUUCACAAAUGUCUCGAAUACAGUUUUUGUCAUUCAUUAGGUUAAUUCUCUCCAGUUUGUUCCAGCUUGAAAAAGUACAUUGUAUAGGCAAUACAAACAUUCCUUGUAUCUCUCUAUAAUUAUCUAUUCUAGUCUCUCCUAUGCCUAUACUUGUAUGUUACACUACUUUGUAGUAGAUGAUGAUACUACUGUAAAAGCAAAUCUUUCAUAGUAUAGUAGCCAUAAUCUGUAAUCUUGUUGUAUGCAGUGCUUUAUGUAUUUAUAGAUUUUUGUUUGUUUGUUUUCUUCAUUUAUCGACUUUUCCAAAAAAAGGUUCUUUUUUUUUAACCUCCUAGCUUUUUCUGCUAAUAUCUUCAUGUUACUGUCCUUAAUUUGUUUAGUAUGCUGUGGAGAUGAACUGAUAUUCAAGUGUCAUUUGUGGGUAAAUUCCAUAGUUAGUUAUUUGUGUAAUUGGAUAUGGUCUCUUCAACAGUGUCUGAAUCAGUUUUGCUAAAUGCGGCGUUGUACUUAUGAAAUACGUACAGGCAAGAUAGAGUACUACUAUACUAUCCUACUCAGUGGGUCAAAACCAUAAGCCGAGGCUGCUUAGGUUACAACUUAUCCAGAACUGUCAAACUGACUUGUUGUGUCCUAUAAUUUCAACUAUACAACAAUGCGUUGAGAGAUAUACUAAGUAUAACCAUGCACAAAGUGCUUAGAAAAUCAUUAGCAUCAUUGUGUUAUUGGACCAUUAAAUAGAUCCCCUAACAUCUUAUUUCUAAGGUAUCAAAGACUUUGUAAUGACUUCCAUGGAAAUCAUGUAUUUUUAUAGGUAUCAUAGUUAUUAUGACUGUGUGUUGUGGUGUGGUGUUUUUGAAUGUCAGGUUAUGUUGCAUCGUUGUGUAAAAAUGCUCAAAAAUAUUAUUGUAUACAGUUAUUACAGUUUAAACCAAAUAUAUUAUUGUACUUGCAUAUCCAGACACAAAUAGCAAUAUGGAAAAUGCAUAUCAGAAACUAAACAUUGUCCAAAAUCGGCAUCAUUUUCAUCUCAAAAAUCCUUUUGCUGACAUCUAAUCAUCAGGCUAAUAUCUUGUUCAAACCUGGAUGUUUGGUUGCAAAUUCUAUAUUUUGACAAUGGCUCAUUGGCAAAGGAAAAGAAUGAAGACAAAUUCCAGCCAGUCACCACUAUGGAAUCAUAGAGGAAAUUCAUAACUGAUGAGACAAAUAUUUUAAGGUAAUAUUUCAGGCAUUCCAGCAUAUAAUUUGAAAAAUCAAAAGAUUAACAUGUUUGUGAUUUAAUGUUUGACAAGAUAUAAAACCUUCAAUCAGACAGCAAUUGGGCGACACAAACAAACUUUGCAAAAUUUCUUUAGUCUGAUUAUGAAUCAAUGCAAUAAUUAGACCGAAUAUAUGGGAACCAGGCAAUCAUUUGAGUACAAGUUGUAUGAUGAGACUUCUCAGUGGUGAAAAGACUCCUCCUAAGUUAUUUAUUAUUCAGGAGUAUUAAUUUAGGGUUUUAGAAUUGUUUUUCAUCAACUACGUUACUUAAUUUCUUCUUCAUAUACAGAGAUGAUAAGGAAACUGUUACUGAAACAGAAAUGUAACAACAACUACAUGUAUCAGUAACAAGAAGCAAAGAUAUUUGAACUGGAGUAUGGUGAUUGUAUUAUGUUAAUCUGGCAUUUUUCCUGGCUGGUACACUAGUGGUCAAUUAUGGUAUGAUGUAUGAUGACUGGAAGAGAAAAGGUAUUUAUUUGGUUGGCUGAGGGACCAGGAUACAUCUGCUGAAAUUUAUUUAGUAGUGGUUCUUGAAUCUUUGUUAAAGACAUAAUUUGAAUAACUUGAAUAAAGUUUUCUUUUUCUUC